AUGGGGAAAGACAGCGAAAAGAAGACCUACGUAGUCACCGGUGGAAAUAGGGGCCUUGGUCUUGGACUUAUUAAGGCACUUCUUAUCCGCGACAACACGACUGUUAUCGCAACCGUUCGCAACGAACAUGGCAUUUCAACCCUUAUCGAUGAGACUAAAAUGGUCAAUAAGGGGUUAGGCAGUACCCUCCUGAUCACAACGUUGGACUUCUCAACGACUCUCUCCCUUGCCAAAGUUAGAGACGCCUUCAAAUUCGAUAUAGAUCAUAUCGAUGUUCUCAUUAAUAAUGCUGGAGGGGCCCCGCCUAUGGUAACAGCGGCCGAGACAACGGCAGAAGAUUUACGUACUGCCUUUGAAGUCAAUACGAUCGCUCCUCUGAUGGUCUUCCAGGCACUGUGGCCACUACUACAGAAUUCACCUUCACCGAAGCUUGUGAUGAUUACAUCUUCAGUUGGUAGCAUUGGAGAGAUGGAACCUGUGCCCGGUGGUGCCUAUGGCCCGAGUAAGGCGGCUCAGAAUUGGCUCACCAAAGCCUUGCAUUUGGAAAAUAAAGACAAGGGCCUCAUUACAAUUGCGCUGCAUCCAGGUUGGGUACAAACGCGUGCGGGACAAUUUGUUGCAGAUCAAUGGGGGUUUGCAUCUGGUCCUCCCGAUACGAUUGAGGCCAGUGUAGAUGGGAUGCUUAAGAUUAUUGAUGAGGCAUCACAGGAGACGUCAGGAAGGUUUAUCACUCAGAAGGGUCAAAUAUUGCAGUGGUAG